GACAUCAUUUUCGAGAUGGCCCUGAACCGUGAAACCACUCAAAAGUAUUCGGGUUCCUCGUCGGGGUGGAAAGAUUGUUUUGGAGGAAGCAGUCCGAAGCCCUCUCUUCGCUGCACACCAAGCCCAUCCACCCCGCCCGAGGGCGUCAGUGAUACAGCAACCGCCAUUCGAUUCGCAAGGGAGACAAACAAUACCAUCCAUCAGAAAUACGUCGCGACAUAUCCUUCCCGCUUCGGUUUCUUUGCAUAUGUCGCAAUGCAUGACCCAGAGGACGCUGCCAGGGAGCUUGAAAGAGCCGUGACGCAGCUGGGUGCCAAGGGAGUCUUGAUUAAUGGUUUUACAAACCUUGACGAUCGUGAUGAGAAGCUGCGAUACCUCGAUGCGCCGGAAUGUGAGCCAUUCUGGGCAAUGCUGCACCGUCUUCAAGUUCCUCUAUACAUGCAUCCGAGACUCCCUCCACCCCACCAGCAGUGUGCCGGCGAUGCUCUGAGAAUUAUGUGUUCAGGUAUCUUAGACAAGUAUCCCGUGAACAUCAUCUUAGGUCACUGCGCUGAGGCUCUACCAUUUAUCAUCCAUCGCGCAGAUCAGCGGAUGCUUAUUGGAACACCUGGGAGCAACGGAAAGCACACAAAGUCUCUCAUGCAUUAUUUCCGAACCCAUUUUUAUGCUACAUUGGCUGGUGUUCGUCGGCACAGUACAUUGAAAAGCACGAUUGAGGAACUCGGAGAACCUCGUGUGAUGUUCAGUGUUGAUUAUUCUUAUGAAAGUAAUGAGGAUGCGGCAGACUGGUUUGAUUCGCUUGAAAUCAACGAAAAUUCCAGGGCUGCUAUCUCGCACCAAAACGCCAUGCGGCUAUUUGGACUGAACGGGGAGCGAAACCCGGCAAGUCUUGGAAACUUGGGUCAUCUGUAG